AUGGCCUCGGGUGAGAUUAACUUUUAAUUUCUUGAUUGUUGCCGUUUAAGUCACAAGUUAGCAACAUGCUAAAGCUAGCUAGUUAAUGCGUCACUAGCUUUAGUAGCUUCGUAGUCAGUAUAUCUUAAAUUAGCAUGACAGUAAGGAUUACAUCUCUACAUGCUUUUUGCUUUGUGGUUAACGGCUGCUUUGUUAUUCGGUAGCGUUUUUGUCACAAAGAGUCACAUCCUUCUGGUUGGCUUAUGAGUUACGUAAAUACCAGGUUGGUUAGUAGCUAACUGUCAGGAUGUUAUUCUCUGGUGCAGUAACUGUCAGACUAGUACAGACUCUUCCAGGCUUUACACGCGCAACACAAAAUACUGUCUCUGAACACCCCUGAGAAUUCACACAUUCGACUGUGGGGAAGUUAUAAACCUGAUUCAAACUAACAAACCUAGAUAAGAUUGUCUUAGAGAGGAUACAGCCUCUUGAGAAUACAGUUUUAUAUUUGUGAAACCGUAAUAAUACUCAUUAAAAUGCUAAAAGGGAUGAUUCCAGUGUUUUUGUCCACCUCUGGCCCACAUGACAUCCAGUCCUGAUCCAAACAUUCAGUACCUAGGCUCCUCAGAAGUUGAUCACAUUAUCCCAGUGAGGCUACAGUUUGUUGACAACAUAGUUUUAGAUUUGUAAAACGUUUACUCUCAUUCUGAUAAUGCAGGAAUGGCUGAUUGCUUUUAUCUGUCUGUAACACAUUAGACCAGGGCCUGGUCCAAAAUCCAAAUAGUAAGACUUUUUGGAUGUGGCUGUAAUGGUUCUAAAAAGGCCACAAUCAAGGAAAACAUUUUUCAGAUGGAAACAUAUUCUCUUGACAGAACUGCAAUAAAUAAAGAAAUCCCUUUUUUCACCUGAGGAUCUCAUUGGACCUGGUAUAUCAGUGGAAUCUGUCUUUUUACACACUUCCACAUAAUAAUGUAAAGGUGGUGCAUUUUUUUAUUAUUUUAAAAAGUGUGUAGACUCUUAAGUGGUUAAAAGUUUUGUUUUGUUUAGUUAAGUAGUUUAUUUGACAGGUUCCUUGCACAACACAAGCUGCUGAACCGGAGCUGAACUGAAGCUAAUUAACAUCUGUGGACCCUUUGCAGGAAGGUCUAUAAAUGUACAAUACAAAUUACUAGAAAGAGAAACACUGAAGCUUGUGCAGUCUCUGAAUUCUUAUCCAAUCUGGUUAAGAGGUUAAGAUAGCUGAAGAUUCUAAUUUUAUUUUAUUUUUGGGGAGGAAUUUUGACAAAUAAUAAAAAAGUUUCACAACUCUGACAUGGUGUCUGUAAAAGCCUAUAGACUCUUGUAGGAUUAUCAAGACCUGAGAUGUCUUAAGUAUUGUGGUUUUGAAUCAGUUUCUGGUCCAAUGUGGCCUAAAGAUUCGAAAAGCAUUAAAAUUUCCCUUUUUAUGUUUUCACACAUCAUUUAAAAAUCUGCAGUUUUGUUGUGAAAAAUACAAACGCUUCAGUUGACUUGUUAGUACAGUGAUUCUGGACCAGGUCCUGGUUGCUUCAUAUUCCCACAACAGCCAAAUCAAAGGCAAAGAUGUGAAUCAGAUAAUAACUUGAGUAUUGUUGUCCAUACUUUAUACUAAUCUGUGUCACUGCAGUGAUCAAUUAUUAUGAAGCCUUAAUAGUUCCAAUUACUUACAUUGUCUUUUUGUGCAGCUCAUCCACCUGGGGAUGAGGAGGAGAAGAAGAAGCCGAAUAUGACGGAGGAUGAGAAUGAGGGAGACAAUCCUGAAAUCCGACUGGGUGGAGAACUUCGACUUGUCCUCAUCGGAAAGACCGGAUCCGGCAAGAGCGCAUCUGGAAACACCAUUUUGGGUCAAAAGCUGUUCCUAUCGCAGGUCAGCGCCAGUUCUGUCACCCAGGUUUGCCAGCUGGGGAGCACUGAGCUCCCCGAUGAAGAGGAGGGACAGACUUCCACACAAAGGAGGAUGAGGAGAAUAAACGUGGUAGACAUGCCAGGUUUCGGGGACACUCAUCUCAGCCCGGAGCAGAUUCAUGCAGAGAUUGCAAAAUGUGUGUCUCUCUGUGCCCCUGGGCCACAUGCUUUCCUUUUGGUAGUGCCAGUGGGACGAUUCACAAACAAUGAGAACCAGGCAGCAUGUGAGCUGACGCAGAUAUUUGGAGAGGGUGCACUCCAUCACCACACUUUGGUUCUCUUUACCAGAGGUGAUGAUCUGGAGGGGAAAGGGAUUGAAGAGUACCUGAGAGAGACUGCACCUGUUGGGCUUAAAGCUCUGAUUGACAGGUGUGGAGGAAGAUACCAUGUGCUAAACAACAAGGACCUUGGUAACUCUGCACAGGUUAGAGAACUCUUAAUAAAGGUGGACAAGAUGGUGAAGCAGACAAACACCAGCUUUUAUACCAAUGCUAUGUUUUUAGAGGCUGAGGCUGUAAUCAGGGAGGAGCAGCAAAGGAUGAUGAGGGAGAGAGGGCAGGCGGAGGGUGAGGAACAAGAGGGAGUCAGCUGCAGCUUGGAGGAGCAGGCUAAAGUUGCAAAACGAAGGAAGUGUGACCUGGAGUCAAACAGAGAGGAUGGCACUGACAGAGGAUCAUCAACGGUCAGGAGGAGGGAGUUUUGGAGAGGGAAUGAAGAGGAUUUCAGGGUGGAGAGAUGGACAGAUGAGAGCAGAUGCAGCCCCCUCCGUUACCUAAGCGACAAGUUCAGAGGCAGGCGCAGAGAUAGCGGCAGAGCCAUGAGCAGGAGACAGUCUCUACGCUCGUCUUUGACCCGGAUGAGGAGAGAGGCUGCUCUCUCUCCAAAGGUUCUGGAAAAAGUUAAGAUCCUGGUGGCUGCUGGAGCCACAGGCAUGGCUGUCGGUGCAGUGUUCGGGGCGGCUGCACCUUUAGCGGCUGCAGCUGGAGCAUCUCUUGUUGGGAACUCUGUUGGUUUUGCCGCAGGUCAGUUAGCUGGGAUAUCUGUAGCCGGAGGAACGGGUGUUGGGAAAGCAGUGGGAGCCAUAGUGGCUGCAGCUUCAGGGAAAACUGCUGUGGCUCUGGGGGCAGCAACAGGUGGAGUUCUAGGUGGUUCUGUAGGAGCCAUUGCUGGUGCUGAGGCUGCCAGUCCUGCGGAGGGCGCUUUGGAUGCUCUGGAGCAGGUUAGUACCAUAGGAGUGUCUGCUGUUGGAGUGGCAGUAGGUGUGGGAAGCACCCUGGGAGCUGGAGCUGCUUUAGGUGCAGCUCUGGAGGGAGCAGCUUUGAGCUCAGCAGCCCUCAGUGGAGCUGAAACAGGAGCAGCAGGAGUAGUAAACACCUCUGUAGCUCAGUGUAGUUUAGCAUCAGCAGCAGGACAGCAUGCAGCAGGCACAGUAGGGAGUAUCAGUGCAGGUGCAGGGACUUCUCAGAGCGUUGUAACAGGAGCAGCUAUUGCACAGGAGGUGGUUGCAACUGCCCCGGUAGCUGCUGGGUCCUCUGGUGCUGUCAGUGGAAUCACAGGGCCCGGUGUUGCAUCAGUGAUAAGCACUGCUACGUCAAAUCCUUGGGGCACAGUGACAGCAGCAACAUGCAUAUUGAACGCAGUAGCUGAAAUAGGCAAGGCUGCAGCAGGCAUCGCCCUGGCUGGAGGUCUUGUUGUGAAAGUAGUAAAGGAGAAAGUCAGAAGUGGCACAGCAGCAACAGAGGCAAGUUACUCAGAGAAAAAGUCCUAUGAGAUCUACUGGAACAAAUAA